UCUCUGUCUCUCUCUCCAUGGUGUAUGGGGUUUUGCAUUUGCUUUUAACUUUGUCGGUGGUAUUAAAGGCAAGAAAAGGAACUAGCUUUCAAGCUUAAAAAAGUUCAUGUGCUUUUCUUUUGUUCUCAUUUGCUCCUGUAUUUCCUCUUAGCGCCAUUAUUUCAAUCAAAAGAGGCGAAUUAAUGACUAAAGAAGAAGACUUUAAGCUGCUCAAGAUUCAGACUUGUGUUCUCAAAGUGAACAUACACUGUGAUGGUUGUAAGCAGAAAGUGAAGAAACUCCUUCAGAGAAUUGAAGGUGUUUACCAAAUAAGUAUAGAUGCAGAGCAGCAGAAAGUUACAGUCUCAGGAAGUGUUGAUUCUGCAACUUUGAUCAAGAAAUUGGUCAGAGCUGGUAAAUAUGCUGAGGUUUGGUCCCAAAAGUCUAACCAUAACCAGGAUCAAAACCAAAAGCAAAAUAACAACUGCAUCAAAGAUGACAACAAGAGUAACAACAACAACAACAAAAGCCAGAAGCAAGGUAUUCUCAAAGGUAUGGAAGCGUUCAAGAAGCAGCAGCAGAAGUUUCCCAUUUCCAUUCCAGAGGAAGAUGAUGAGUAUAUGGAUGAUUAUGACGAAAAGGAUGAAGAGGACGAGUUGCAGUUUCUCAAAUCAAAUCAGCUCGGUCAGUUGGGUCAGCUCGGCGGUUUGCUGAAACAACAAGCUCUUGAUGCUUCUAAUAAUGCUGAUAAAGGUGUUGGGAACAUUAAUCCCAAGAACAGCAACAAUGUUAUGAAUGGGAAUGGUGGGAAGAAAGGAAACCCCAAUCAGAACAUGGGAAUGAAGGUCAACCCUGGUUUGUAUGAUCAAAAAACACUGGCAGCUCUGAAGAUGAACGCUGCAGCAGCCGAGGUCAAACAUGGGAAUGACAUGAACUCGAUUCCCGGUCUGUCGGGUUUUCAUGGAAAUGGUGCUAAUGUUGUUCCUAAUGCUUCAGUUUUAGCAGCCAAUCCCGGUGCUGUUGCUGGAUACCAUCAAGUUCAAUCCAACAAUUGCUUGCAGGGGCCUCAUGCAUCAAGUUUCCCGAACGGCGGAUACGCUACGGGUCAAUAUCCGUCGUCGAUGCUCAUGAACAUCAACGGCUAUAACUAUCCAGCAUCUAUGAUGAACAUGCAGAGCAGGCAUGCCAUGCAGCAACAACCUCAGAUGAUGUAUCAUAGAUCCCCUUUAAUACCCCCUAGCACUGGCUAUUAUUACAAUUACAACCCUCCACCACCAUACUCAUUCCCUGAAGUGCACGAUUUCAAUGUUGAUCAUCAAUCCACAGCAACAACCCAUAUGUUCAGUGAUGACAACACAAGCAGCAGUUGUUCAAUAAUGUAACGAGAGAAUGAAUGUGAGUUGGUAAUUCUACUGUGUAAUGGGGACAAGUUUGAGUAAAAAAUCUCGUGUAUUGUGUAGUUGUUGAGUCUGCUGUUUAUCUUUUAUCUUGUGUAAGUAUUUAACUUCAGCUCUGCCUGCUUGUGUUCUCGUCUCUUUUAAUUCUGCACCU